GACAAGAGAGAGGGGAGGGGGGAGGAGGGGAGGAGGAGGACUGGUCGAAGGACUAUACUCCAGUCUUAUGUGAAUGAGUGCUGUAAUCUGCUGGACAGUCUUGGAGUCCCAUACAUUAGGAGUAAAGGAGAGGCUGAGGCCCUCUGCUCCAUUCUCAACUACACCGGCAUGGCGGAUGGUGUUCUAACCAAUGACAGUGAUUCAUUUCUCUAUGGUGCUACUACUGUCUACAGAGACCUCCAUACAACAGAGAGGAGUCCUACUGUGGAGUGCUACACUAUGAAGGACAUACAUGAAAAAUUGGCUUUGAAUCGAUCAGACCUAAUUGCACUGGCCCUUCUGCUUGGGUGUGACUACUGCCCUCAAGGUGUUGUGGGAGUGGGUAAAGAGACGGCUCUCCAGUUCCUGAGGGCCUCCAAGUCAGGUUCCCAGUCCACCUCCGAUGUCCUGGACCAGUUCCAGGAAUGGAGGAACGGCUCCAUCACAGAAGAUGACAUUGAGAGCAAAAUUCAGUUGACAGUGUUCAGGAAAGCGAUGAGUUCUCCCAACUUUCCACAGAAAGAGGUGAUAAGAGAGUUUCUGCGGCCACCGGAUCUCUCCUCAUCAUCGUCUCCUUCGUCACUGGCUGGUGAUGACACCAGACUCAGACACUGGAGGCAACCACUGCUUCACUCCACACAAGUGAUGUGCCAUCACCACCUCCAAUGGCCGCUGGAGUACACUGCUAAGAAGAUGGUUCCCCUCAUGUCUCAAUGGGCCAUCAGAAAUUCUAUCAGAGGAGGGAGGAGGGGGAAGAGGAGAUGAACAAUCUGCCAUCUCUCCUUACAGGAUACUGAAAGCUGUAAGUUGAAUGGAGAGAAAUGCUACCGCGUUCAGUGGCAGUUUACUCGUCCAGUGGCCUGGAGACUAAAGUAGAUACUGAUGAUGAUCAUGACGAUGAUGAAGGAGGAGUGCUGAUUACAGUGGAGCGUCAGGAGGAAAUGGAGAGGGCAUUCCCAGCAGUGUGCACUGUCUUCAGAGAGCAGCAGACGACAGAGGCUCAGUUGAAAGAACAGGCAAAGACUCUCACCAAGAAACACAGACACCAACAAAAAGAUGCUUUGAUGGGCGUGCAUUAUUUGGAUUCACAUCUGGCUAUAUAAAGGAGCAAAAACAGACAAAGCAGGAAGAGACAAGAAUUUCCAUCCUUUAUUCAUUAAGCGACGCACACACCUCUUUGACCACACAGCACCAGUUGAGAGAGACAGCAUUAUGAUAAUAUUAUAUAUAAUUGUUCAGCAGACUGUAAGAGCUUGUGUGUGAAAAAUGAAAGCAAAGUGGUAAAAUAAUGAUCCAGCAUAGCAUGUUUGGCUAGUGUUCAGUAGCGGUACUUGGUCGAAUAGUCCUUGGGCGAAACAACCAGACCCCUACCUUUACUGGCUCCACGAUACACAGUCUCAACGACAUCUAUCAUCUCCUGGGCACUGUCUAUGGCCCAGUUGAUCUUGUUGUUGUUCCCCGUGCCCAGAUCGAUCAUGAUGUGCUUGUUCCUGUAGAAAAACAUUGCUGUGCACGGAUCGUAAAGCUCGUACAUUUUGUUAAAGUCAGGAACCUCCGAUAUAUCGACGAGAUACGUCACGGCGUAGUUUUUCACUUUCUCAGAGACCUUGUGUAGAAUUUCGUCCAUUCGCAUGCAGGUGGGGUCCCAAUCGUGGCCGAAACGAAUGACGACUACUCGCUCUUCUUCCCCGAGGAUGGCCUGGUCUACUUGCCAGCCGUUGUGGAGGUGAGGUAGCAUGUAGGACAUGGCGACGAGCAGUGGUAAGAACUCUGUCUCUGAGGGAACGGCCGGGCGAAGGAGAGGAGACCUACGUAAACAACACGCUCAGUCGAGUCAAGUGUGACACCACGCC